AUGCAUUUCUACCUCCUCUACGUUGGCGAUUACCACCUUUUCAACCCUGCAAUAGAAGGACUCACACCAGACGACGAUGACUACUUCUUUACUGUGCUCAAGCGCAUGUACAAGUUCUUUGGGCCUUUCCCUCCGUCUUAUAGCGACAACCCAGACACCAUGACGAUCAUCAACUUCUUCAACAAUUCCGGAGCACCCGAUAAGCCUUUCCACUUAGUCACCACGAGGGAAAUCCCGGCUGCGGAUAGGAGGUUCAUUCUCAAGGUCAUGAAGCUAGAUCUCAGAGAGAGACCGACAAUGGAGGAGCUAUCAGAGGACGAAUGGUUCACAGAGGAGUCUGAGGAUACGCGGACACCGCUGCAAGGUGGCUCAUAG